CCAAUAACGGUACUAACAUUUUAUAUUAUUCACAGUCAGGAGCUGACAGCACAUCCUCCAAAUUACGAUCAGCUGUUCCCGAUUUACCUUCUCUCCAUCGUGCUUCGCGCUGUGCCCUCCAAUCCAUGGCGUUCGCUUCAUUAAAGAAGAAAAUCGCUAUUAACAACCAGGCCUUGAGUGAAAAGCUAUCGAAGUCCAAAAGUACUACGGUGGACGAUGAAUACAGACAACUAUCAUCGGUGAUGGACUCUUACAAGCGAUACUUGGAGGAGGUUCGCAAACGCUCUGCCGAAUGCCUGCAGCCCGGCGUUCACUUCAAUCUUCGGCCUCCGAGUAAUCUCAACGGGUCACACAACCAGCCAGCCAAAGAGCCUUACCCACAUCCGGAAGCACUUCUUGGAAAAUGCUGUGAAAAAUAUGCGAAGGAAUUCGACACAGAAUCUGCUCUCGGUAGCUCUCUUAUUUGUGCAAGUGAAGGGUUUUAUCAACUCGCUGAGGCAAAAACACGUGCAGUGGAGGAUACACAUUCGCGCUUCGUCCGACCAAUUGCAGACACAUUGAAUCAGGACAUGAAGGAAAUAACUCACUUACGCAAAAAAGCAGAACACCGCCGUCUGGCCUAUGAAGUCGAGCGUUCCAAGGUGCAAAAAGGUAAAUCCAACACUUCGAACACGGAGUACUUGGAAGCGGAACACAAGUUUCAUGAAUCAUAUGAAGCCAGUCGCUCUGCAAUGUCCAACUUUUUGGAGAGUGAGGCUGAGCAUAUAGAGAUGCUGUGCAAUAUGGUUAGUGCUCAGCUGGGUUAUGUCCAAGACGCUCAGCGUGUUCUCAGUGAUCUACACAGCCGUCUGCAGGUGAAGGGACAUAAUUGCACAAUCACAUCUCGUUGUUGCCUGUGUGGUUCUGCACAGGUGCCAACCUGCAGAGCUUUGUACCAUUUCGAAGCAGAAAACCCGUUCGAGUUAUCUUUCCGAGAAGGUGACAUAAUAAGGCUAAUUGAACAGGUGGAUGAUAACUGGUUCCUGGGUGAGCUCAAGGGUAACGAGGGCCAUUUUCCGACAACGUAUGUGGAAGUACUAGUUCCGCUUCACUAGGCAUCUUUCACCAUGCCUUCGCGUCACUGUUUACAGAUGGUACUCUGCCGGAAACCAUUUCUCCAACAGUUACUUCCUACUCUGCUGGCUUACAUUAUUUUACCUGUCUUUCGUUUAUUUUUUAUUGUCUGUGCACAUUUCAUCCAGUCCAGCUUUCAUGAUCGUCUCCUUUUAUUUCUAUUUUUGAAGCUUCUGCAACCUAUUUUCUGUCCCGUUUUGUUUGCGGGCUUUUCGAUGCAAAAUUUCUGAUACCGCUUUGACUUAGGAGGCCACCACUUUUCGAUAUAUCCCUUUCAACUGAAAUAAGCAACCCCUACUAGCUUUUCUGUUUUUCGACUCCCUAAUUAGUCUGCCUCUGCUUUAUACCAAAUAAUAACCCUUCGGGUGAUAUUUUUUCAUUUCCGUUUCACCCCAAGUCAAGUCAAGAUUUAAAAAUGUACUUUCUACACUCUGGGGCUGAUGAAUAUUCAUCUACAACGCACCACCUCCCUUACAGCAGGGAUGACAUGAGCAAGUUUUAUGCAUGACAACUAGCAGAAUGUGAGCAGUCUAGUGGACAGAAAUAAACUCUGUGAUUAAAUUACCGGCUGGUGGAGGUACGUGCUUUCGCUUAUCCGCGCCGCUAUAUGAGGCAGUACAUCGUAUAUUUCUCGUAGCACUGUGCAACCACAUUUUCGGAACGGAUCAUAUCUACGUCACCAGCACACUUAUGUAUGAUAUUGAUGGGUGUAUACUAUGAUAUAGGUGGAGCGCUUAUUCAAAUCUUCUCUCAC